UAAAUAUUUCAUCGACAUCUAUAACAUUUCUACCGCUUUAUGCUUUAAAAGUCGAAUGUCCAAUUCGUCCUCUAUGUUUUCUAUGUAUUUAAUGAAAGCUACUGCAAUUGGUUUUAAUAUUAUCAAUCAAUUAAAACUAUGAUUUUUUGCUCCAGUCAUGGGAUGUGUGGCGUCAUAAAUUUUCAAACUAACAAAUAUCAAUGAAAAAUUGAACUUAAGCUGCCCUUUGGCUCUUGUUUAUGGUAAAAUGUUGUCAGCGUUUAAAAACUGAUGGUGAAUAGGUACUUAUUUUACAGGAUUUUUCUAUACCAUCCCAUUACUGGUGCCUGUUCCAUUGUAUCCGGGUGUUUACUAUAGGUGUAAGAAAAUAAGUAGGUAUACAAUCUGAACGGCGGGUGUUAAAAAUGAAUUAAAUGACUAAGUAACUGUUACAAAAAAUGUUAAAUACCAUUAACAAUAAAAAGGUAAACAACGCAUAUAUUUAGUAGCCAUGUAAUGAUGAUCGUCAGCAAAUCGCUUUGAACGGUAUGCCGAGCGUGAUGAACGGUGUUUCUAAUUCGCGUUGUGUUGUGUGUUGUGUAGCCUGUGAUCACGGUUAAAUAGCGAAUAUCGACCGGCGGCAAACACCGGCUCGUAAUCCACCCGGAUGAAUAUAUGGAGGCUAUUAAUUGCAGGUUUGCAAGUAAUCGAUCGAGGUGCGAGGUGGGAUCGCGGCGUGUCGGCCACGGGGGGCGGAGGGGGAGGUGUGCGUGACGGAUCAUGGCGGCGCGGGGGGCCGCGCCCCCCGCCCUCGUUAAACGCGCCCGCCGGAUACACGCGGCGGUUGAAAGCUAUCCGGCCCCCGAGCGGGCGGACCCCGGGAUUGGCCGCCGCCGAGCGCGCGCCGUAACCGAUAGCCAAUCGCGCGCCGCGCGCUCGCCCGCCCUCCGCCGGGGCGCGCUGCGGGCUCACAACGCGCGCGACGCCGCGCACACUCGCACCGAUGCGCGGCUCCUGGGACGAGUCCACGACGGCGGCGCUGCACGCGCGCAUCCUGGAGGCGCACCGCGGGCCCGCGGCGGCCGACCGCGCCGCCGAGCCCGCCGGCUGCGCCGAGCCUCCGCUGCCGCUCAGCGUGGAGCUGGCGGCGCCCACGCCGCUGCUGCCGCUGCCAACAUUAUCCUUCAGCGCGGCUCAAGUCGCCACCGUCUGUGAAACCCUUGAAGAAUCUGGAGAUGUCGAACGGCUGGCGCGAUUUCUCUGGUCGCUACCGGUCGCACAUCCAAAUGUUGCUGAAUUGGAGCGCUGCGAGGCCGUGCUGCGCGCGCGCGCCGUCGUCGCCUUCCACGCCGGCCGCCACCGGGAACUGUACUCCAUAUUAGAACGGCAUCGCUUCCAGCGCUCGAGCCACGCCAAACUACAAGCACUAUGGCUGGAAGCGCAUUAUCAAGAAGCCGAGAGGCUGCGAGGGCGCCCGCUCGGGCCCGUAGACAAAUACAGAGUCCGCAAGAAGUUUCCUCUUCCACGAACCAUAUGGGACGGAGAACAGAAAACUCAUUGCUUUAAAGAGCGGACGAGGUCUCUUUUACGAGAGUGGUACCUGCAAGAUCCGUACCCGAAUCCCACAAAAAAGCGGGAGUUAGCUGCUGCGACGGGGUUGACGCCGACGCAGGUUGGCAACUGGUUCAAGAACCGGCGGCAGCGCGAUCGCGCCGCCGCCGCCAAAAACCGUUCGGCGCUGCUCGGCCGCGGGUUCGCGUCUUCCUCCACCUACGACGAGGACUCCGCCGACUCGGAGAUCAACGUCGACGAGGAGUAACAGACUGAUAGUGUUAACACGUGAUUUCGUACGACGAUUUUAUAAAGACUCAACGCAAUAUGGACGAGAUAAUUAUAUUAGUUACAUUCACAGAGUCCGUGAUCUAUGUGACGUUAAGGCAAUGUAAACCAGUUUAUUAGGGUCUAAUUCUGUCGUUGAAAGUGUAAAGAGAGUGCUAGCGGUUAAAUCGGCUCUGCGUAUCAGGUAUGUACUAUCAUUCUUAGUAAAUUAAAUGGCUCCUCUUUGAGAAAGUGUCAGAAUUAGUAGAUUAUUUACGCACAAUUUUUAAAACGUCACGUUGUGCUCUCGUGAGGUUAACAGGGUUAAUUUAAUUAUAUUUUCGAGUGUUGUACUCAUUAUCCUUCUAAAAGGCUAAGUAUUUAUUUAUUUCCCCGUGGGCGCUGUCGAAUAGGAAAGACUCUCUUAUUAACGCCUUUGCAGAAGCAUUUACUUACCUAAAAUAUUUAUAUGUAUCUUUUACCAAUAAAUAUAGAUUUUAUUUAUCGUAACAGCUUUUAGUUGUAUGUUAUAGUUAUUACGAAGGAUGUAGAUAUGAUUUAGAUUAAUAUUAACGCCUAAAGUCGGGUUGGCGAGUACCUGAGCGCGCAUCAUAUCACUCAAGCUAAUUUGUUAGUUCAAUUUAAAUGUUAAUCAAUUUUGUGAUCUUUAGAUUAUUUUUCUAAUUGGGAAAUUUAGAAAAGUCUAGUUUAGAAGAGCUGUAAGAAGUUAGUUUUUUAUAAAGACCGUAAAUUAAAUUUAUAUUUAACAAAAUAUAAGAAAGACAGCAAACAAUAAAUAAGGGUUUUUAAAAAGUCUUAGGAACCUUAGCUACAAAAUAAAAAGAAAAUGACAAAAGAGAUCAGUGCCUACCCAAUAAAAGAUUGAAACAUUGUGCAUACUUAAGAUAACUAACCAUAAAAUAAAUUCAUCACGGACAUAAGUCGACAAAAUAAAUCAAUACUAUUUAGAUCGUUAAUUUAUAAUUUAUAGUCGUUCUUCAAAGCUACCUAGUUCGACCGUGCCGUCGGGCGCCGCCGCUGUGAAAUGAAAUGAUUGAUUCCUUACGGUUGUUUAGUGUUGGUACUAAAUAAUUGCAUUUAUUGAUAUACAUUUUUUUAUUUGUCUAAUAGAAGCGCUAAAAACUGCGAGUCUCAUUUCCUUUUAAAGGUUUUUGUAAUAGAUACCUUCAUACAAACAGAAUAUGAGAAGAAAAUCUUGAAUUUUCAUACAUUUUUCGUUACCGUUAUAAAAUGGAAAAUAAGAUACAAUAAAAUGUAACGAUAAAGGUAAUAAAAUCGUACCUUUUGUUUUCCUGGUAGGUCCAGAAGGGCUGGUGUAAUAUAAUAUCAAAACUUCUUAAAUCUAAAUACAAUUAUGAAGAGAACGGUUUUUUUAGAAAGGCUGAAAUUACUAGCUACUAUAAUUUAAAAAAUAUUUACCCAUAUCUAACCAUACAGUUGGCUCUUUUCUAAUGCAUAUACAAGCUUCAAACUUCAUAAUAUUGUUCUAAGCUACCUAGCGACCUAUUAUUAAUAAUUAAAUCAUUUGUUAUAAAACCUACUCAUCGAUUUCUAAAACAUAAUAGAAAGAUCCUCGUCCUGUAUUUAUGUCUAUAUAAAUACAGGACGAAUAAAUUUGUUAAAUCAAAUAUCAAUUGAACUGUGUGCGUGUGUUAAAUUCACAUAAUUCAUUUAAUUACCAAUAAGACUGGUAAGUAUAGGUAAUAAAUACUUAUUUUACAUUGCAACGCUUUUAGUGUUUUUUUCCCAAUAGAUCUAUCAUUUAUAACGCUAUAAAAUGGUUUUUCUAUGAAUUUGAAUAUUUACAACUGCUUUACUUGCACUAUUCCCCCUAGAUCGCUUAACUAUAUAACAUAACAUAACGAACAAUAUUUCCGGAAAUACUUUUUAAUUAAUUUUUUUUUUUCAUAUUAUAAAAUGCCUAACCUGAGAUAACAAAUAAAUAAAUGGAAUAAAUCUUUAAUAAUAAUAAAAUCAUUAUUUGCAGAUAAACGUUGGUACAUUACCCAAACAUACACAAUUAAAACCGAUCCAAAUAAAUAUAAAUUGUUUCUAAACGAUUCAAAGUUAUUAACAUUUUAAUAUGUUUUCAAAGUAUAGUACAAUUACAAAAUAACGUAGGUCGCAGCUGACAAUGGUGGAAUGCUCUAUUUGUCGCACGACAAACACUUUUAUUAAAGUGGUUCACAAUUAUUAACUAAAGAUAUACAAUUAAUGUCAACUAAAUGAAUUAUGUCCCUAUUUAGUUUUUAACGUUUCCUCGUAUAUCUGAUCAAUUCAUAUGCAUGAUGCGUUUAAAAAUAAAAACUCUUUUAAUUGAAAUAAUAAAUUGAAACCACUCCGGUAGCUAUAAGAUAAUUUUUUAAUUCCAUUUAUUAGGCAAGUAGUAAUUGAACAAAAAAAUAACAAGCUUAUAAUAAAACUUGAGAAAUUUUUAUUACAUUUAGUCGGCAAAAAAUAUUAAGUAUUCAGUUUCCAGUAAGUAAUUGGCAAUGUUUCUAAUUGCUUUUUGUUUUAGCCAUUAGUGAUAUUUAAAAUAAAUAAUUGCCUAAUUCAGGUUGUAAGGAAUUAAGCCUAAUCCAUUGUGCAAAUAAGAUGAUAUAAUUAUUUAGGUUUUUAUGCAUUGACUCCAACUGUCUAAGAAUUAGUCUAAAAAUAACAUACAUAGUUUGAAGGUAGCCUUUAUAUUAUAUUAUUACUUUGAAUAAUAUUAAUCGGUGGUUUUGCAAUUGUUUCGAAAAAUAUUAAAGAAAUAUUUUUGACAUUAAAAACAAACAAGUGUAAUGUUUAAACAAUCUUACGUGGGUAUGAUUAAUUAACUUCUUACAGCACUUCAAAAAUUUAGAACCGUUUCUAUGCACAAACUGUAAUUUUAUGUUAUUUCUGUCGACUUGUGCAUACUGAAGUGUCGAUUUUGGAACAAUUCGUGUUUUUCGUAAACAAAAUAUAAAAAAACGCGUGCAAACAUUAAAAAAAGUAAAACUUAUAAUGAAACGUGUUUAUAAAAUUUAUUGAAAAUCUUAAAAAAGUUGAUAACCACGUAUUAAAUUUUUAUUGUACUUUUUUAAAGAUUUACUGUUUAAAUGAUUGUCGUUUUAUACUUUUUUCCUUUUUUAAUGACCACCACUGUUACACAAAAAGAAUUAAUUGCUUUCGUUAAACUCGUAUAGUUCCAAACAAAAGAUGCAAAGACAGAAGUAGGAACAGUAAAAGUGUACAUUUUAUAUUUAUAAAUAUUAUAGUCAGGCGUGCAUUACACGGGCGGGUCAAUAUUUUGUUGCCGAUUUUUUUUCGUUAGAUUCGGAUACAAUUUGGUUGUUGAGAAAGAGCUCCCGAUUCUGGAAGAGAUACAUUUUUAUAUGAAAUCACAACUUGGCUCGAAAAAAUAUAGCUAUGUAAUAUUCGGCUCUUUUCGGAACUCAAUGCAAGAUUAAAUUAGGACAUAGUGAUGUCCUAGUAAAAUAGGUAAUGACUUAGUGUGAGAUUGCGCUUAUAAUGUACAGAAUAGGAAACUCUAGCUAUCCACCAAAAAUGUAUCAAAUUCUGACAAAAAAAUUAGAUAAUAAAAUAAAAAUCUGCCCACAAGUGGAUAUGGCGAUAUGAUAGCGACGAGGAAGUUGAUGGCGGGCGAGAGAGAUUGUAUAAAUGUAUUAUAAACCAAUGCAAAUUGUAAAUAUUGAUAUCGACUUACAUUACAGUCAUUAAAUUAAAAUUGUUAAUAAAAUUAUAUUCGUAAACAC